AUUUCUUUCUUUUUGGCGUGGCGUCGCAUCGAAACGGUCGUGUAUAUUUGCAGACGUCAUUCUGCUAGAAAGUGUUUUAAUCUUAUAAUUAUUCUUAAUUAGGUCUUUCUUUACUUUUCUAUUUGUAAUUAAUAGUGAUAUCUACCAAAAUGAGGCCCCAGCAAAAUGGUGAUGAUGAAUUCGAUGAGCCAGAAGUUCACCGUAAGAUUUUCAUUGGUGGAUUAAAUUAUCGUACUACUGAUGACUCCUUAAAAUCUCAUUUUGAAAAAUGGGGUGAAAUUGUGGAUGUUGUGGUAAUGAAGGAUCCAAAAACCAAAAGAUCCCGCGGUUUUGGUUUUAUCACGUAUUCUAAGGCGCACAUGGUGGAUGACGCGCAGAACAAUAGGCCGCAUCGCAUCGAUGGCCGUGUUGUUGAAACCAAACGUGCCGUGGCUAGGCAAGAUAUUAAAAAUCCUGAGGCUGGUGCUACAGUUAAAAAACUGUUCAUUGGUGGCAUCAAGGAUGAUCAUGAUGAGGAUCAACUCCGUGAAUAUUUCUCUAACUAUGGAAAUGUACAGAACGUCAGCAUUGUCACUGAUAAGGCAACCGGCAAGAAGCGUGGCUUUGGUUUUGUUGAGUUUGAUGAUUAUGACCCUGUUGACAAAGUUUGUUUGAAUGUACCUCAUAAAAUUAAUGGGAAACAAUUGGAUGUUAAGAAAGCACUUCCAAAAGAUGGCUCUGAGCAAAGAGGAGGAGGAGGUGGAGGACGACAGGGCAGAAAUGAUAAUUGGGGUAAUUCAGGUGGUUAUGGUGGUAAUCAGGGUGGCUGGAACAAUUCCAAUCCAUGGGACAACAAUCAGGGAGGUUGGGGUGGUAACCAGGGGGGUGGUGGUGGCGGCGGCUAUGGAGGUGGCAAUGCCAGAGGUGGGGGUUGGGGAAAUCAAGAUUUUGGAAAUUAUAAUCAACAGGGAUACAGUGGGGGGCCAACUAGGAAUCAGCAAUACAGCAAUAACAGGUCUACUCCUUACAACAUGAACCAGGGUGGGGGUGGAGGCGGUAGCGGCAAUUACGGCAGUGGAAACUAUGGCGGUGGCCAAGGGCGAGGAGGUCGAUUCUAAACAAUGUUUCGUGCUAAGUACACUAGUAAAGCAGUGUUAACCGUGCUAGUGUAGGCAGUACGCUCCGGAGCACUCUAGAUACACACCUCAUGGUCCACACGCGAGACCACCUAGGAGAAGCCGUCAGGAAACCAUUAGACAUGUAGCUGGAGUCUUUCGACUCUUACUUUAUAGAAAAAGAUUAGAGUAUUUUUAAUGUGUACUGAUAUUGUAAGUUGGUCUUCUAUUUAUUGUAGUACUUAGGUACUUACCUGACAUACUUAAUAAGGAAAUAGUUAUGUAAAAUGAGAAUUAGUUUCGUGUUUACGAGUAAUUAAGUACAACUUAGGAUAAUUCGUGUAAGUGAUCCCUAAACUAAAUAGCAGUUUUAUUAAUAUCAGUGUGACCUAGACUUGUUCAUUCUUUAAAUUAAAAAAUUCUAUAGAUUACUCAGUAUUAAGUUCUCAAAUAACUGUUAAUGAAUGUAGGUGUAGAAUUAUGACUUAUAGGUUAAAUUUAAAUAUAAUGUAAAAUAAAUUUUAAUACAAAUCA